CGGGAGGCUGCGGGCGAGGAGCGGAGGCAGAGACCGAGCAAUUGAGAAACCAUAAUCUGACUUCAGUGGAUGAAGAUGCUGUCUGCAAGGGCCAGGUUUGUGGUUCCCUAUGGCCUCAAGACGCUGCUGGAGGGUGUGAGCAGAGCUGUUUUCCAGACCAACCCAAACAACAUCACUGGCUUUGCAGCACUCUACUUCCAAGAGCUUGUUGACUUCAGAGAAGGGAAUCCCAGUCUGGAUUUAACAGAGCUGGUUGGAGAAUUUAAAUUUAUUAGCGAAGACUGGAACGAGAGACUGCCACAGAAAUUAGACGUGCAAGACACUUCAGUUCCUGGGGAGCCCAAACAAAAGGAAAAGUGUACUGACACAGAGGAAGACCAAAUCCUUGAAGGCCCUGAUACUGAAUAUACCUCCAAAAUGACUCAAUACCCAUCGACUCACAAUGACGUUUUAGAAAACAAAUCCCCCACCGGACUUGAUGAAGCUUCGUCCCCGAAGGGACCGGAACUUGCAUACGUCCCCGCUGACCCUGCCCAGCUUGCUACCCAGAUGCUAGCCAUGGCAGCAAGCGAAGCAGGACAGCCACCACCAUAUUCUAAUGUGUGGACCCUCUAUUGUCUAACUGACUUGAGCCAAGGUCAAAAAUCACCACCAUCCCUUCCUCCUGCUGGAACUGGCAUUCCUUAUCCCCAAGCAACCCUCUUUCUAUCUGGGGGGAAGGAUCAACAACAGUUCCUCCAACCAAUACCACUACAAGGUCAACCACCACAACUAUCCUCUCCAACUUACGUGAUGCCAGAAGAAAGCAAGAGGGGAAAUGUUCCACCUUUCAUUUUAGUGGGCUCUACUGUUCAGAACACACAGGACUGGAAACUUAUUCCUGGCCAGGCUGUCUUUGCACAGCAAGACACUGGUGCUAGGAGAUUCACUACAAUCCCGGUACCAGUUGUCAGGCCAGCCGAUCAGCAAACAGCUACGCCAAUCCCCAAUCCUAAUGCUGCACAGGAGACUGCUAGGCCACCAACCCCGGUUUUGCUCUCAGUUGCCAUCCCUCUGGAUGAUGUAAUGGCUGCAAAGAAAGGCUCACUAGCUGGUGAUAAUCGAACAGCUGUGCACCCCCUUGCAGGAAGUUAUGGUUUUACAGGACAGAUUGCUGUUACACCUGGCACAAUCCACAGAGCAGGUUCAUGAGAAGGUUGAGAAGAGAGGCUGUUUGGACUUCAUCAGGAGUGGAAUUUACAUCUUAAGAAAUCAAAUAACUUAAAGCAAGUGCUCAAAAUUAAAUGCCAGCAAUCAGAACCAAAUCCCAUGCCUUUUGUGUUUUCCUAGCAUAAUGAAGGUUAACUUUCAGGUUCCAGGGAGUGUAAUACGACUAGAGAUACCUGCUGCAGCUGUUCCAUUGAAGAGUGAGCCCAGCCUCUUCACUGUGCUCCCAUGGUGUACGCAUAACCCAACAAACAAUUAAGAGAUUACACAGCCAUUCACAGCCAAAUUAGUUCAGUGUAAUCAGAUGUAGUCUAUGCUGCUGGAUUAUACUCUAGAAAGGAGCCCAAGUUUCAGGAGCAAGGAGACAGUCACACUUUUAACUGGAGGAAUUACUCUUAGUCUAAACUAUAGGCUUGUCAAUGAGGACAGUUGAGGCUAUGUUUCAAGGAAGGGGUAAGAGAAAUUAUCCUCAUUUUGCUUUAGAGGUUUCAGAACUACGGCAUGCUCACUUAUGUAUGCCGGGCCCUUGAACUAUGAAUAGCUCUGAAAAUAAUCCCAUGUUUUCCUGAAGUAGAAGUCCUUCAGAAUGAAAAUAAGAAAACCUUAGGUUGUGCAGCAGUUUCCCUCUUGAACCUAGGGGAGAUGAAAAGCUUCCUUUUCCCUAGCAUUGAAUGUUCAAUGCUGUAUGACCUGCUGAAGCAUUGACCCAACACAGCUAGACUGCUCUCACAGAUCAGAAUCAACCUUAAGUUACACAGGAAAAAGUAAGUAAGUGGACAGACAUUAGAGACCAGUAAGACUUCAAGAAGUGACAGCCAGAGGCUCGAAGGCAGGAGCGAGGAGGUGAAUACCAGUGCAGGUAUUCAAUUUCUGCUUUGUACAGUCUAAGAGCUGGGCCCUCACAUCAAACACAUUGGCAAAGAAAAUGCUUCCCUUAUCUAUGCAAAUAGGGCUCUUAUCACUACCUAGGUAAUUCUAGCAGAGCACAGAAUAAAAAUAGAAAGCAGCUCAUUGCCUUAGUAGUUUCCCCAGUCCACCUCCAAGGCUCGAGCUGCAGGGUCAUUCAGAAAAAAAGCACCAUUCCCCCAUCCCCUGCCCCCAUAAACAGACAGUUCCUGCUCAGGGGCAUGAGGUCAUGCCAUAGUAGAGCCAUACAACUUCAGUGCAGCUGCUUUUGGAGCUGCUCAGAAAGGGUCAGCACCAUCAAACAACCAGUUUACACUAGAUGCGAGAAGUUUUGAAAGCUUUAUUUAGUAGCCAUUAAAUUAUUCAAUUAGCACUAACCUCCAGACAUCAGUUAAAAUAUUGUACAAAGAGCAGCUCGCCCUCUAGAAGCUCUGUACACAGUUCAAUAUAAACUUACACUUCCAAGAUGAACACACCCCAAUGAAAAGGGGUAAAGCAGCUGUGCACAGGAGGCCUCACUGAGGUGCCUUACUACCUUUGAAAUGCACAAGAUUUCCUCCCAAGAAGUUUGUACAGUGCAUACACAGGUCCUAUUC